AUGUCGGACAGCAAAACGAUGCCGCGCAAGGUCUUGACCCGAAGCAAGAUUGAAGAGGCCCAGGCCCUGAUGCUCAAACUGCCUGGCUUUCGCUUCUCUCUGUCGUCCAAUACCCGUAUUGCUUCACGCAAACUCUGCGUCUGGAAGCUGCUGCUCAUCAAUCCCGAUUCACCCGAUCUGUACGAUGCCACUGUCAGCACCAUACGAUCCAACCUAAACCUCAUGAUCGACCAUUGUCUUGACGCUCCGAUGCCUACUAGCGAUCUCUUGUCCGAUCUCUUGUCCACUAUCUCGUCCGAUCUCUUGUCCGCUCUCUCGUCCGACCUCUCUUCCGACCUCUUGUCCGAUCAUAUCCUCGACAUGGCAUCAACUCGGCUGGCAACCAACUGCUCGUACUGGAGUCAUACGACGAAGUCCAGCGCCUACUUUCUAAAGCUUUUAUCCGACGAGCUUACGCAGAAGGUGGAUUGCCUUGAUGAAUUUCUGCGUUCUGCGGGCGAUGCGAGCGAAGUAAACAGCGAGCGGGACAAUGCGUUGCGCGCCGAGAACUUGGAGCUUCGCAAAGCCAUCGACGAGGAGCGAAGCAAUCAUCGCAAGACCAGUGCCCAAGUUAGCGAGCUGCACAAUGUCAUCCAGCACGAGAGACGCUCCCACCGCGCCAAGAUCCGAAGCCUCCUCUUCCCUGCUUAG